AUGGCUCGGGUUCAGACAUUAGAACCGAGGCCCAUGCGGUGCUACCGCUGCUUGCUCUCUGGGCACGUAGCGCAGUGGUGCACCGCCAGUGUGGACACCAGCGGGGGCGUGUUGUGCUUCCGCUGCGGAAAAGCGGGCCAUAAAUCCGCUCAGUGUACUGCGCAGUCGCCAGCUUGCGGUUUCUGCGCCGCGGAAGGUCGAAAAUCCGACCACAGAGUAGGCAGCACAGCAAAGUGCCGUCCACGGAAGGCUCGAGCUCCGGCGCGAGAUAGCCGUGUAGGCGGCGAGGCGAUGGAUACCUAG